AGAGAGAGAGAGAGAGAGAGAGAGAGAGAGAGAGAGUGUGUGUGUGUGUCCUUCCCUCUCCUAAUCUUUUCUCUCGCGCCCACUCUGGAACUGCUCUGCUUCUCUGGACCUUUCCAGAGACGCAGUCUCGAAGCAGAAGGCUGAAAAAAGGAUUGCUCUCGCUUGUUUUGUUUUUCCCUCAUCUGUCUUUUCCGUCUCCGUUCUCCUCAUUCAGGGUUUGGGUUGUUGGUUAAUUUCUUGCGAGACCGGCGAGGUUGGAUUAUUGGUGCGCGCUGCCUGCCUUGUGAGUGUGUGUGCUUAGCAGGAGGUGCGGUGGAGUUGCGAGGAAGAGAUGUCUAAGAUCGGAGGGAAAAUUGUGCUUAUCCUUAGCUUCGUGUUUCUGACGACUUGCCUCGAUGCUGCGAAAGGGCUGCCCUUGAGGAAACAGCGCAACCACAGUCCGAAGGAAAGGAACUAUAAGUUGGUAGAGAUCUCUACUUCAUCCGACACGGCUUCAAUCAAAGAAGACGAAAUGCCGCAGUCUAACAAGGUCCGGAACCUGAGGCGAAAUGGACAGGCCAUGCCACACAGGCAGAAACGCCGUUGGCCACUACAACAUGCUGCAAGGAACCAGUUGGCACCGCUCCAGCCAGGUGGCGCAACUCAGGAGGAGAGCACGCCCUUUGUGCUGGACUUGAAGAACCUGCCAGGCUUAGCCAAUGUGGACCUGAGUGCCCAGAAUCCAAAUAUACAGGUGACCAUUGAGGUCGUGGAUGAUCCUCAGGCUGAGAUGGAGAUGGACCUGCUGAAGGAAACUAGCAAUGACUGGUCUCUGACCUCCUCUGAGUGGCUGUCCCACAAAGACCUCUUCUGGCCACUUUUCUGGGAGUACACGGACCCCAUGGAGGAAGGGGAGGAAGGGGACAAUUUGGACAUAAGGAGCAGGGGGGAAGAAGAAGACGAUGAUGAUGAAGAGGAGGAGGAAGACUACACUUCAGAGUAUGAUGAGGAAGAAACGGUGCUGAGUGGAGUGGGAGGUGACUGGGACCAGCGGUGGCCCCAUCAGAAAAACUGGAUCUUCAAAGAGAAGUAUAAUUACGACUAUGAAGACGAAGAGGAGUGGAGCCCUUGGUCUCCGUGCACUGUAACCUGUGGCACAGGCAACCAGAAAAGAACCCGGUCUUGUGGCUACGCAUGCACUGCUACAGAGUCAAGGACCUGUGACCUGCACCGCUGUCCUGGAGCAGAUGGGGAGUUGUCUCUUGCCACAGAAGAGACACCAUUUGAAGCUGAGAAUGCCACAGAGAUCCUAAACUCAGAUGUGGACAGCUGUGAGAAGUGGCUCAAUUGCAAGAGCGACUUCCUCAACAAAUACCUGAGCAAAGUGUUGUCGGACCUACCCAGCUGCCCCUGCUCCUACCCACUGGAAGCUGUCUACAGCGCCGUCAACCUGCGGGACGAGCGGCAGGGCAAGAACUUCCGCUGGCGAGAUGCCAGCGGGCCCAAGGAGCGGCUGGACAUCUACAAGCCCACAGCCCGCUUCUGCCUGCGCUCCAUGCUCUCCCUGGACAGCACCACGCUGGCUGCACAGCACUGCUGCUAUGACGAGAGCGCCAGGCUGAUCACGCGAGGCAAGGGGGCUGGGGCCCCCAACCUCAUCAGCACCGAGUUCUCCCCCGAGUUGCACUACAAGGUCGACAUGCUGCCCUGGAUCCUCUGCAAAGGGGACUGGAGCAGGUACCACGCCGUGCGGCCUCCGAAUAACGGGCAGCGGUGUGCUGACAACCCCCCAGAGGAAGAGUACCUCUCUCAGUUACAGGAGGCUAGGGAGUAUUAACGUAGGGGGGAAAACCAAAAAACGCAGGGAGCAGGACGUUUUUGGUCUCCCGCGCAACAUACUAGAGAGUAUAACAGGGCCUCUUUUCUUCUCUCUCCUCCCCUCAGCUUUUAUGUCAACAAAGGCCUCCGCUUCAGAAUGGCUACAGAGCCGCUGCUUGUUUUGCAUUCCCUUGGUAACCAGGUAGUCUGUAGGAAACCUUAGUGUAAACUCUACAGUGGCUUCUGCCCUGUCUUCUACAUAGUGGCCUCCAGUUUCAUUCCUGACUUCCUCGUUACCCAAAAGUUGCCACGAUUGGCCUAAAUGGACUGUGCCAGAAAGCUUGCUGUGGCCAUCCUGAGGGAUUAUAGGGGUGGAAAGAGCCAGAGGAAAGGGGGGAAGGUGUCUUUCAAAAGACCCAUUUUAUACUCCACACAAGCUGUCGAACAAAGGCAGACUGGGAGAUCUCAUGGCCUAAAACUCUAAUCGGGUGCUUGAAGGUUUUGCAUAGAGUCUGUAAGCAGUCUCAAAGUGAAUGACUCAAUACACCUAAAUUCUGUUUUUAGCUAAAAGGGAAACUUGGUUGGACAUAUUGAGAGUGACAGGUCUGGCUUAAAGUGUCUGUUGUCUUGAUGUAGUCCCAGGGCAAGAGAAAGGAUGAUGUUCCACACAGUUUGGGAGAAACUGGGAUGGAGGGGUGCUGGGUUGUGUAUGUGCUUUGGAAUGUAAGUUCUGGGACAUCCCCUAAAGUGGAUGAGUGUCAGAUGAAGCCAACCUGCUUGCUAGGUUGAUAGAACAAUCUGGAUCUCAUUUCUAUCCAGCAAGUCAGAUAAGGAACCGAGCAAAUGUUUUAAAAUUUAUUCUUCUCUUCAGGCCAGAGGCAGGGCAGAAAACUAAGCCCAACACAUUUAUAAGACUCCAGGGGAGGAAUUGAACAUCUUGCCCUUCUGAGCAUUCUGUCAACACAAGCAUUUCCGCUGGCUUGCAAGACAUGACAAUCCUGAGCACAGUUCCUGGUUGUUGUUGUUGUUGUUGUUGUUGUUUUAAAAAAGAAACCUGGACCAAUUGGAGGGGCAGGGGGAGAAGAGUCGGGGGCAGGGUGAAGUUCUUGUUCAAGGCUUCUGCUGACAAGACUCAAUAGUUGAAUCCUAAGCCAGGUGUCCUGGGAAAAGUUGCAGUUCUGAGCAACCUCAGUUGCAUGGGAAAGAACAAAGCCCAUGUCUUCCAGCCAAACCUUUUAAAUUUCAUAUACCAGAGGUAGCCAACACGAUUCUUUCCACAUCUAGCCACCCCUGAUAUAGAACUUCAUUCUGAGUUUUGGAUCUGAUGUUUGGCAGAGGAUUGGUUGGAACAACCCAGUCAUGGAUUUCUCACAUUGCUGUUUGGUUUCUCAACUUGUGAGGGAAAGAUCCAGCUUUCCAAAUUUCAUGUUUCUGUUUUGUUUUGGGAUUUUAACUUUUGGUCUAGUUCCUUUAUCAUUGGCAGUGCAGGGACGGGUUUGCCUCUUGAUACAGUGGGUGACAGCUGGGUUGUGAGUGAAGGGAUUAGUCCUAGAGCUAGUGGUGCUCUGGAGCUUUAAAUAAAGCAAGCCCACAAUUCUUUGCAAAGUAGUUGUGCAAACUUGCAUAUUUGUCUUGCACAAUUUAGUCUACUUUUCCUAGUUUUGAGGAAGGGCAAAGAGCCAUCAGACUGAAACCCUUGUUUUCUCUUCCAUAUUGUGAAAUUUUGCCAGGCAUCAGCUGGAAAGGUGUUCCUUUUUUUAAAAAAAAAAUAAAACUUAAAUUUUCAGGGUGCUAAAUUUUAUACUCAGUACUAACUUCCACAUUUGCAUGCAGAGCAUAGCAGCCACCAUUUUAUUACUCUCUGGUAGCCAGAAAGCCUGCCUAGGCGCUCCUAAUCUUUUCUCUGUACUUUGAGAACUAGGAGGUUUCUAUUCUCUUAACAUUAAAGGUCAUAUUUUCAAGGUUCUGUAUCAUAAUGUAGAUUCUGCAUUAUCUGUCAUGCAGAUUCCUACGACAGCGUUCACCCUUCUCUGAUGCUCUGUAAGGUGUUUGCCAACUUGGGAGCACACCUCUUGUUCCUGCUGAAGUCAAUAGCAAUAACUCUAAUUGGUUUGAAAUUGAGUAAGAUUGCUGCCUUGACCUUUAUAUCAAGGUUCUUUUGAGCCGACGCCACAUUCAUGCCAUACUUUUAAACCACUGUUACCAUUUUAAAAAGUUGUGGCUUCCCUCAAAGAAUUCUGGGAGAUCUAUUUCAUUCAGGAUGCUGAGAGUUGUAGGAGAAGCCUAUUCCCAUCAUAGAGCUCCCAGAAUUAUUUGGGAGGAGCUGUGAUUAUUUAUAGUGGUAGCUUAGUGCUUAAAAUGUAUCAUGUGAAAGUAGACUUGCCCGCUGACUCCAAGGACGGGAGCCUUUUGUUGGAAGAUGAUGCAGAGUCCAGAACCACCUUCUUUUACAGGACAUCCAGAACAGCCAGAAAUUGGAAGCUUGUGUGCUGUCCCUUCUUCUACCAGUUUCAUUAGUGAUGUCUUAAGUUUAUGGAACUUCAUCUUGCGGCCUUUAGUCCCCUUUAAGUGGUGAUUGGCCUUAUAGGCAUUCCAGCAAAUUUUGUUGUGUGUUCCUGGCGGCGCAACAUGUCUGGCAGACUCCAUGAUGGACAAGCCAUGAUCUCAAGAUGUUUGGACCGCUCAAAAGACUGUUGGGGGAGAGGAGAAGUAGGUCAGCUUGGGCAUUGCAACAAGACCCUUCUUUCUUUUCACUAUUUUGCUGUCACUGCAGCAAACUGAGUAUCUUAAAAAAACAAAGCCUCUCUUUCUCCCUUAAAGCUCACGUUUAUUGCUCAGGACUGACACAGGCUGUUGGACUGGGAUGGUUCUGCUGUGGCAUCUAGUAAUACUGUAAUAAUAAUAUAAUAAUAAUAAUUUAUUAUUUAUACCCCGCCCAUCUGGCUGGGUUUCCCCAGCCACUCUGGGCGGCUUACAACAGAAUAUUAAAAUACAAUAAUCUAUUAAACAUUAAAAGCUUCCCUAAACAAUAAGUACAUUAGGAAUCAGUAGGUCUGCUGUCUUAUGUGGACUUCCUGAGUGAAAAAUGUACCUGUGAUCCUGGAAAUAAUGAAGGCGCUAGGGAGUUUUGUCCUAUUGCCUGCUUCUAUCUUCUGCUUCUGUCUCCAAACACAAUCUUAAACUGGUGCAUUUUGCUGCAUUCAGUGGCUUGGCUUGUUUAUGGCUCCACCUUGUAAGUUGCUACCAUCAGAUGCUGUCAUUCUCUAGCCCAGGAUUAGGCGACCUUUUCUGUUGGGGACCACAUUUCCAGGCAGAAAUAGUCUGUCAGGGGGCCACAUAAUUCCAGCAGCACAUGGGACCCAGAGUCAAAGGUAGGUGGGGCUACCGCCUUUCUUUCUCUUUCUGCCACCCUCUUUCCCCAUAUUUUUGCCCUGAAACUAAGUCCAGGACUACAUCUUAGGGCCACAGGUCACGCCCCCCCCCUCCUGCUGCAGCCCUUUUUUGUGGCAUCUUCUCUCAGCUCAGGCUCUUGUGUUUAGAAAAUUGUGCUAAUAAAACCAAAAGGUGUGCUGGCAGAGAAAAUAAGUGUUUAGGAAGAAGAAGCAUAAUGAAAUUAAUUUGAAUGCUCUGGGGGGCUACAGGAAGUGCGGGCAGAUAAAUGCUGAAAGUUGCUGGUGAAGCCAGAAUGAAGGCUGCAGCCUGCCGCUUGCUGAUUUUUGUACUUCCAGAGCCUUCUUCCACCCCCCCUCCUAAAAGACUGCUAUUCCCUAUCACGGCCCUGCUCACAUCUGAUAUAGCGGGGUCCGUUGUCAAUAAACGUUGAUCUUUAAUUUCUCACAGGCAAAGAAUAGCCAAGUGCAUUCUUCAAGCUAGCUUCUGGAUAGAUUGUUCACUACUUUUAAAAAUCAGCACCCAUGGGGACCUUGUUAAUGCUAGAGGUCCAUAUCCUUUGGGGGGAAUCUCUUGCCCCACAUGCAAGUGUGUGCCUGUGCAGAGCCAGGUCAGAACACUCCAAGGCAGGGUUUGGGAAAGCUUUGUCCUAUGACAAGACUGUUGACCCACUGGCAAAAUGUGUCCCACAGCCAAAGGUAGGCAUAGCUUGAGCCGGCGAUGGGUGGAGCCAAAGUGGGUGGAAUUUGAAGGCUUGCAAAAUAGCUCUCACCCUCAAUCCCUUCCCUCUCUCUCCCGUCUUUGCUCACAUACAAAUACAUAAAGGGAAAGUGAUUUCUAGGAGGACUGCUCAGAGAGCAACAGUGAGACAAGAUAACAAUGGGGAAAGCCUUAGCUUUCACCAUUGGGUGGGUGGAGCAUGUAUGAGUCACAGAGGCCUGUCAGUUUGAUCUCUCUACCACUAGCAUAUCAAAUGCCACUGUUUUCACAAGCACCUUAGACUCCCAGAAAGUGUUGCGGUCUCAUUUGGGUGAGUAUAUACCAAGGAACAAGGGUUUAUUUUUAUACCAUGUAACUAAGAUUCUGUCUGGCGAUUUCUAUUUAAGCUAUAUUAAAAAGAAAAGAAAAAAAGUAUUGUAUAUUGUCCCUGCCACAUAAUUUUAUUCCUAUUAUCAGCACACUGUUGUAUAAAGAUAGUUAGUUCAACAAAAAUGGCAUUAACGAGAUCUCCUUUAUCUGAAUUUAGAUGAAAGCACUUUAUUUCAAAGUACAGUACAUGUGUUUGUGACCAACAUUAUUCAGAUAUAAUAUUGCUGGGCGGUUUAGUUUAUUUUGAAAGGGACGAUGCAGCCCCAAAUGAUGCACAUUUUAGCUAUGUGCUUUGCAAUCUCCCUUGGCAUUGUGUUGGGUGAACCUAGGAGAAAAGGGGCAUCCAGGUAUUUUCUAUUAGGGCAAGGACACAUGGAGAAGGAAAACCCCAGAAGAAUCUUUGUUCUAGCUUGGCUAGGAACCACUCUUUUCUGUGGCAUUUUGAGAUUCCUCGCUGGGUGGGGUGGGGGUGGAGGUGGGGAAGGGUCUUUUGGGAACUGCACACUGCCUUGUUUUCCAAAGAGGAGUGAAUGUUUUUGAUGUGGUUCUGUGGGGUGGAGGGUUGGGCCAGGUUCCUACUUCAUGACUGGUUCACUCGUCCCAAGUUUUUCCACUGCUUUUCAGUCUUCUCCUUGUACAGUAUUUAUUGCUUGUAAUGAUUAUGAUAGCAGAAAGGAAUGGACAUGCUAGCAGUGCUGAAUGAGACCUCGCUCUUGGAGGAUAUAUGUGUGUGUGUGAAGUGCCAAAAGGUAAGCAAGAGGACUGUUUAAAUGAAUAAACUCUAUUGUUAACAAACUACAAAUAGCCCACGUCUCUGUUAUUCAGGGCUGGUGGAAAGUGAAGACCCUUUCUGCACCUUAAUCCUCCAGGGUUUGUAGAAUCAAUCAAGAGCUGGAACUCUUAAACUCGUUUCACCAGAUCACUCUCUUCCCAGAAGCAGCAAAUCACCUCCUGGCUAAUGAAGUAGGUAUCAGCUCACAGCUAUGCUCCAAAGCCAGUUGAGCUGUGUUAAUUACAGUACCAAUUAAUAUAUUGGGUAAGUAUAGGAUAAUAUGAUGUAUUCCUAACUUCUUGAAUGAAGCCUGACUCUCUGUAGUGACAGUGAUAAUUUUAUUAGCGGCAGUGUUGGCACCCUCAGUAUAACCAAGAGGGCAGCAAUGGUCUGUUGCCGUUUUCCUACCAUGAAAUUCAUGCAGAAUUCUCUUAUCUCAAAUUCACCCAUCUUGUAUCGCAGGCUAGCAGCCCCCUUCUUGUGAUCCAGUCUACUGCUGCUUAACUCCCAGUUACCUUACACAGCUGAGCUGGGAAAAGCUGCUGUAGUCAAAAGUAGUUCACCCUGGCCUACAUGUUCAGUGGUCUGAGCAAUAGUUGCUUUUCUGAGGAAUUUGCAUGCAACAGUUUAGUGUUUUGAGAUGAUGUCAGUGAAAUGAUAUCUCCUAAUUUCUGAGCCUAAAGCAGAUUCUCCUGCUACACUUAACCUAUUUUACAACCAUGAGGCCUAGAAAUGUCAAGAAAAAGGCAAGACUUUCAAUUAUAUAUUUACCUAACACUUUAUAUCCUACAGUCCCUGCCCU